AGUUGACGGCGUUGUGUUGCGUGCCGAUUGUUAUUGUUUAUUAAUGAAUUAUAAAUUGUGCGACAAUGGAAAACGACGCAAAUAUUGCGGAUUUAUCCGCCGUCUCCUUUGCCGACUUUGAGACUAAAAAUAGAGAUGAGAAUGCAAGCUUCGAAAACUUUAAUCAGUGUCAGCCAAAACAUGACAUGGCCAUGACACUCGACUUAUCACUGGGUCAGAAGUCGGAACACCUCUUUCCCACUGAUCAAACGCCCACACCGACACGCCUUAUUAAGAACUGUGAUGAAGUUGGCCUCUUUGAGGAUCUGCAGCAUGUUAACCCCUUUGACCUUGGGUUUCAACGUGCCGCCGAACAAAAUGCAGUCAGUGGCCAUACCGCAAUACCCGUAACACCAACACGCUCAUCAGAGGCGCCACCUACGGAUGGUGACUCGCUACACACACCGCAAGUGUAUCCGCUAGACUCGGCUACAGUGUCAGCGGCAACUCCCGCCGUAGUCAGCAACAGCAAUAGUCCCUUGGACGUCGUAGUGCCCAAUGUCGAGGAUCUGCUGAAGACUCCCGCUCCAACACCUGCUCCGAUUCCUACUGCUACACCCCACAACGCCCCAUCUCAAGUGCCCAGCACAACUGACAAUGGCCCUCCGCCACUGCAGUUAAUACAACCCCAAGUUAUCACUUGGCUGCUGCCCGCACAGACUUUCUCACUAACCACCACAGCAGCUCCUGCAAACAACAAGACUUCAAAAAGUGCCACAUCCACACCAAGAAUUCGUCCCUUAAUCUUACCUAAGCCCAGUGCAGCUCCGCCCUCCAAGGCUCCAUUAUCAACAAGCAUUACCACAACAAGCACGACACCUGUUCAUGAACCCAGUAGCGCCAGCUUGACACCCACAUCACAGCUGCCCAUCAAAGAGCGACUCAAAGCUAUUCUGAGCAACAGUUACAACAAGAAGCAACGCAGUUUCACUGCGCCCACUCCUAAGGCAAUGUCCACCGUGAAUCGCAAAGAAGAUAGCCUAGACAGACGACGUGCUGCCGCGUCCAGAUAUCGUACCAAGAUGCGCAGGGAGCACAAGGAGCUCAAGGAUCAUAAUGCCCAACUGCAGCAAGAAAAUCGAGAGCUGCGAGAGCGCAUCGCAGCACUAGAGCGGCAACUGCAGCAACAAAACAGCAACAACAAUUUGGCUAGUGUUGUGGGCAACCAAAUCCAAAUGCCGCCUUCCAGCAUACACCUGGUCAUCAAUGUGCCCAAGAUGAUAGUGCCUUCUUCGGAACCAAAUCAGAGGCUCGAUAAAAAGUGAGCAGCUCUAGCAGAUAGAUGAUAAAUAAAUUACUUGUACGCCUGCCUU